AUGGUAAAGGAGCCUUUUACUUUGAAUCCGUAUCCAGGCCUCGUGCUCUCAGAAUCGGACCAAGCGGAACUGUUGCAACUGGAAAGUGACUUGAUCCUUGAAAUUUUUCCAAAGUAUGAAGCGUAUGUGGUUCAAGACAAGCAGCACGUAAAUAGCGUCCAAUGGAGACCGAUCGGCGACGACAAAAACUUGCACGUCUAUGUUGAGCGAGAAGGUUGGAAUGAUGAACCUGAGAAUAGUGAUCCGUCCACUCCAGAAUCUAAGGACAACUGGCAAAAGCAUAUGCCAGUCCUUCUCGUAGUGGGAACGUUUCAGGGAGAGAUGAACGACCUCAUGUUCGGCACUGUAAAUCCAAGUCAAGAUAUCAUGCGCAUCAAAGCCUCGUACGUAAAAGACUACAGCGAUGGCGCCGUCUUGGCCAACAUCGCGAUGCCAACUCCUGAAUACCCCUUCCGUUCAGUAUCCGUCAAAUGGACGCAGAUCAACCUGCCUCUUAAUCAAACUGGCCUGCUGCUUCACUCGAUCGACUUUCCAAACACCCAGCCACUACCUGGAACGAUUCGUGCCAGACACAAGAUCAUUGGUUUCUACCGGCAAAUAAGUCGCAACGUUAUCGACACUUUUGCAUACGACACAGUGCACCCAGGUGGCAAGAUUUUUCGAUCUGUUGCUCUAGAAGCUUCUGCAAAGGCCCUACUUUCCACCACAAACUACGUGGUUUGUGGACAAGCCAAAAAAUUGACGUGGAAACUUCAGCAUCGACAUGCAGAGACGCGGCUGGAUCGGCACCGAAGUAGCGCUCGCAGUGGGCUCGUUGGUAAUAAUUUGUGUGGAGUGUGUGCGCGAAAUCUCGCGCCAAGACGCUUUGGACUUCCGCGGAUUGGCUCUCUUGGUAGAAGUGUUUGUAAGCUCUGUAUGAAUCCUGUGUGCCACAAGUGCAAACGACCCAAGGGAAUUAGCUUUCUCACUCCGGACGGAAAGCUUUUGCGUCGCAAAAUUACGUUCUGUGUCGUGUGUGUAAGCGAAGUCACGCAUAUGGAUGCAUUGCACGCUGCACAAGACCAAGCGGGAGGAUAUCUAGCUUAUAGCGUUAUGGCGUCCCUCUCUGGGUCUGAUAUCCUUUCGGACGACCUCAACGUCUGA